AUGUCGCUCGCCGCUCUCGAUGGCCUCAAGGCCGCUAUCGAGCGCAUCAUUCUCGACCCGAAAUACCAUGACAUCCUUGCCGUCGUCAAAGGAGCCCGCAAUGGCGCCGUCUACGGCGCCAAAGUCCGCUUUCCUCAUGCGCUUGUCAUGAUUUUCCUUUUCCGCUCGGGAACAUUCCGCCAAAAAGCAAGCCUAGUAUUCCGUGCAACACGAACGCACGCUCGCAACCUCGCCAAGUUUGCGACAAUCUACAAACUCACAAUGUAUAUUCUCAAAAACUAUGGCCCCACCCCAGGCAAGGAAGGGCCUUACGACUCCUUCUUCGCCGGUCUGCUAGGCGGCUACUUCGUCUUCGGCGGUCGCUCCCGCAAUGGCAAGAUUUCGAGUGUGAACCAGCAGAUCGUCAUCUACGUCUUCGCCCGCGUCGUGCUCGGCCUGGCCCGUCUCGCCGUCGCUCCUGGCAAGGGUCUCCCCGUCGUCAGCCGCGAGGACCUCUCGGCCAAGAUUAGCCACUACGCCUGGCCCGUCUUCGCCAGUACCAGUUGGGCCAUGGUCAUGUACCUCUUCCGCUGGCACCCACAGGACCUGCAGCCCAGCCUACGCAGCAGUAUGAACUACAUUUACGUGCAGAGCAGCGAAUGGGACUCCCUGCGGAAUUUCGUUUGGCAUAAUAAAUAA